AUGUGCAAUGUACCCUCGGGCGAGCUACCCGAAAAAUACGUCCCAAGGAGGGGGAGCUGUGGUGUUGUUCUUAGUUUCAAGUCUUUCCUGUUUUUUCUGGGUUUUAUAAUAAUUACAAGUUUAAGUGUUUUAAUAUUAGUAAAGAAAAAGAAGAAGCUUAUUAUUAUUAUUGGGUUGUGUGAAAGCGGAAAAACAACUUUGUUACUUCGGUUAGCCUUGGGCCAGAAAAGUUUAGAGUCUUGUACUUCGACAAUACCGAAUGUUAUCGAAUAUCCGAAUAGUGGUAAAAGGCUCGCACGCAUCGUAGAUAUUCCCGGGCACGAAUGCGUACGGAAGACCUUUUUGAAGACUUACAACGAUAAGGCUGACGGAGUUAUCUUUGUUGUGGACAGCAGUGCCCUGAAACAGCAAGCUGGGGACGUCGCUGAUUACCUCUACUUUCUUCUGGAACGCUACUCCUUAUUAAAAAAGAGAGUCCCCUUUCUUGUUUUUUGUAACAAAAGUGAUAGCCCUCUUUCUUUGGACCUGAAGUUUAUAAAAGCUUGUCUGGAAAGGGAAUGUUCCUCCCUUAGCAAAACCGAGAUGAUGAGCCAAAGUUCUAGGCCUCUUGCAAAGAAAGAAUUUAAGUUUUCUCAGAUUACCGAUUUUGCCCAGUUUGCUAAGGGGUCUUGUGCCCAGCAAGCCUUGGACAUUGGUGGCUGCCUGCUUUGGCUUGAUCAACUGAUUUACUUUGUAGAGAAGAACGCCCAAAUACUGACAUUACAUAGCAACAAGUUAAAAGUGGUCUUCUCUACCGCCAUAUUAUCGGCCCUCACAAAAUUUGCUCUUGAGAAUUAG